AUGAAAGACAUUGUCGCCUCUCUGCAGCGUCCCUUUGGCGACCGCCUUGCCCGUCACAUUCAGCGGAUCUUGGGAGGUGACCCUCCCUUGACACGCUCAGAAGUUCUGGAACUUGAUGAAGCAUGCGUAGGUCUUUUCGACUGGGUGAUAAAUCUGCUGGCUCCUCUCGUCAAGGAAACAAAGAGUGCGACGCUGGGUGAAGACCCCUGUGAACUACGUGCAGAGAGGGAAAGCGCCUCUGAGGCCGUAGGACAACAGGAGAAAAAAGUGGCGCAGCUGCGACGAAAGCUGCGUGAGAGUGUUCGCUCAGUACAAGCAGCCACGGACUUUGCGGUUGAAAACAAUCCAAAAAGAACCUCGGAAAAGAGUGCUUCCAAGCCAUUGGAGGUGACGGGCGAGAAAUCGCUUCAAUAUCGUUUGGAAGAAGUUGCUAUACCUGCUACGCAGGAGGCCAUUUUGCAAUCCCUGGUGAAGACCUUGAUGGAUCCGAGAGGUACCCAUCGAUGUCUUGAAGUGAUUGGCCACAGCGAGGACCGUGAAUCUGACAAUGUUGCGCAAGGGCGUGCAGAGGCUGCAGAGGCAUGGCUGUUGGAUGCUGGCAUUCCAUCGGAGCGCCUUACAGUGUCCUGGGAAGUGGGUGGUCCGGCUGUGUGCCGCCGUACAGACUUCCGGCUGAUGGAUGUUGUGGGCAGUGAGCUGGUGAUGCGCAGGAAAGCCGAAGAUGUGAUGAAGCGGAUAUUUGAGAAGCAGACAUUGCACGAGUCAAGUGAGAGGCCAGCCCCAACAGAAGGAUCCAGUCGAAAUGAAGGCCCUGAGCAAGGAAGAUCCGAAGAAGAUGCAGCACCUCCUGCAAAUCCGGUGGAGUUGAAGAGAGUUGUGGAAGAUGCAGAAGAAAGUUCCACGAGCAGCUCUCCAACAGUGAGCAUGGAGGUUUCAGGGCAACAAGUGCGGCUGGUUUUCAAGAAGGACGACCUCGCCCCACAUGACGCGAUUCUCGAGGUUGGCACAAAGAUAGUUCGCUUGGCAAGUCAAUCAAGCAGUUGGCCACAGAAGGAGGCCUCUGGGCAGCAACAAGUCUUGCCGUUGUGA